CCGAGCACAGAAACAGAAGACUCGGAGCCGGGGACGGUACAGACGCGGUGGACUCAUGGAGGCCGGCACAGCGCCCAGGACCAGAUGCCUGUUGGAUGUAAACACCUUCACUGAGAACUUCAAGAAUCUGUUAAGUACUCGUAAGACCUACCUGUGCCACGAGGUGGAGAUCCUGGAUGGUGACGCCUGGGUCUCUCUGGACGAGAAGAAGGGCUUCGUGCACAACAAGGGUGCAGACCAACCAGGGCAGCCCAGCCAUGCGGAGCUCUACUUCCUGGACCGGAUCCGUUCUUGGAAUCUGGACCGGGGGCUGCACUACAGACUCACGUGUUUCAUCUCCUGGACCCCCUGUCAUAGCUGUGCCCAGGAGCUGGCUACUUUCCUGAGGGAGAACAGCCACGUGAGCCUGCACAUCUUUGCCUCCCGCAUCCAUAGCCUCCCCAACUAUGAGGCUGGGCUGCGCACACUGCAGGCGGCUGGGGCCCAAAUCGCCAUCAUGACCUCUACGGAGUUUGAGCACUGCUGGGAAACCUUUGUGGACCACCAGGGAAGACCCUUUCAGCCCUGGGAUAGGCUGGAAGCAGUGAGUCAAAAUCUACGUGAGAAGCUGCAGGCGAUUCUCAGGUGA